UGACCCCUCUCUGUCUCUUUCUUUCUCUGCCUAAUAGUCCCCCAGAAGCGGAGGCCCGGUUUCAUUUUGUAUUGCUUUCUCAAGUUUUCUGUUUGUUCUAUUCUCUAUUUCUCUCACUCUCUAAACAAGGCUGAUUUUUUUUUAUUAUUGUUAUGCUACAAGGAGCUCCCUUUUCUACAGUGCUUCUCCUUUUUCACUGCAAAAGCAAAGCACCUCAACUCUCAAGUUUCUCGUCUUUCAAAUUAAUAGAAUUGAAGAGGGAUGUUUUUGGCUGCUAAGGGAGGAUAAGCUAUUGCUGAUAAUGGUUGACGACCAAUGAUUUCCAGUCUGAUUGAUAGUAGAAACCAUUGGCAUCACUAAUGGCUUCAAAAACUGGUUUUAGAGGCUCUUCGAAACAGCAGCAGAAAACAUCUGGUAUUCAGACUAUACAGACUAAUGAUGUUAGACCACUGCCUCCACCAGUUUUAGGGGCAGGUAAACCCACGAUUGCCACUACUCCUGAAGAGUUGCCCAAAUAUUUACAAAACACAUCAAAGGGUGUAGUAGAAGCUUUUGAAAAUAAAAAGUUUCCGAAUUCAAAUCAAAAUGGCUCUUUGGAUUCCUUGAUUAAUAAAUUAAAUGCAAGUUCAUUAUCAGAACAAACUUCAGUAGAAGUAGAUUCUUCUGCUCAUGAUACUCGUGGCUCUAUAGAGAGUUCGGUAGAUCAAGAAAAGAAGAUAUCUGAGUAUGGAAGUGUGAAGUACAGUUCGGUGUCCGCCAAAGUUAGUGAUGGGGCCAGCAGUCUUGCAAAGACUAGUGGAAGUGCGAAGAUCAGUGAUCGGGUUGAUUUUGUUGAGAGUGGAAAGAGCAGUAUGUGUAGAGGGAGUACAAGCAGUGAUGUGAGUGAUGAGAGCAGUUGUAGCAGUUUUAGUAGCACUGUAAACAAACCUCAUAAAGCGAAUGACUUGAGAUGGGAAGCUAUCCAAGCUGUUCGUGCAAGAGAUGGGAUGCUGGGUUUGGGUCAUUUUAGACUGCUAAAGAGGUUGGGUUGUGGGGAUAUUGGAAGUGUCUACCUGUCAGAGUUAAGCGGAACUAAGUGUUAUUUUGCAAUGAAAGUUAUGGACAAAGGUUCUCUAGCAAGUCGUAAGAAGCUUUUGCGUGCUCAGACCGAAAGAGAAAUACUGCAAUCUUUGGAUCAUCCCUUUCUUCCAUCUUUAUACACUCACUUUGAGACUGAGAAAUUCUCUUGCUUGGUGAUGGAGUUCUGUCCUGGAGGAGACUUGCACACACUUCGGCAGAGGCAGCCAGGGAAACAUUUCCCUGAGCAAGCAGUAAAAUUUUAUGUAGCCGAAGUGCUACUAGCUAUGGAAUACCUGCACAUGCUUGGGAUUGUCUACCGUGACCUUAAGCCAGAAAAUGUGCUGGUGCGGGAUGAUGGGCAUAUAAUGCUCUCUGACUUUGACCUUUCCCUCCGUUGCGCCGUUAGUCCAACUCUUGUCAAAGGCACAAUAAUGGAGUCAGACCCCAUGCGAAAGAACGUUUAUUGUGUCCAGCCAACCUGCAUUGAGCCUCCUUCUUGUAUCCAGCCAUCCUGUGUAGCUCCCACUACCUGCUUUUCUCCCCGAAUGUUUUCUAGCAAGUCCAAGAAGGACAGAAAACCCAAAAAUGAGGUUGGAAAUCAAGUUAGCCCCUUACCAGAGCUCAUUGCAGAGCCAACCGAUGCUCGUUCUAUGUCAUUUGUUGGGACACACGAGUAUUUGGCACCAGAGAUCAUUAAGGGUGAAGGUCAUGGAAGCGCCGUUGACUGGUGGACGUUUGGAAUCUUUUUGUAUGAACUCUUGUUUGGUAAAACUCCAUUCAAAGGAUCGGGGAAUCGAGCAACAUUGUUCAAUGUUGUCGGGCAGCCUCUCAGGUUUCCAGAAUCACCGGUUGUGAGUUUUGCUGCGAGAGAUCUCAUAAGGGGGCUGCUUGUUAAGGAACCACAGAACAGACUGGCAUACAAACGAGGAGCAACAGAAAUUAAGCAACACCCCUUCUUUGAAGGUGUAAAUUGGGCCUUGAUACGCUGCGCUACCCCACCGGAGAUCCCUAAGGUGGUCGAGCUUGAGCGAAUACCUACCCCACCACCAGCAUCAACAAGUGAAAAGGCUCCCACCAUUAUAGGAGCUCCAGAACAAAAGGGGUCAAACAAUUAUCUAGAGUUUGACUUCUUUUAAGGGUGAUUAACAGGACAAAAUGGUUUAUGUCUCUGGACAUUUCAGGGAUCCUUGGUUAGUGAAGUGAAGGUUAAGUGGGUUUCAUUUUCUUGAUCGAUAUGCUGAGGAAUCAAUCUUAUGUUUGUUAUUGUUGUUGCCUAUUGACAAUUUUCAAAUUUGUAUUGCAUACUUAUUUGUAUGGAUUCUCUUUCGCCUUCAAGGCAUGGAAAUGAUGCCCCCCACCUUUUUCCUUU